CAGCCUGGUUCUUCGCGUCUUUUCCUGUUUGCUGAUUCAGGUGUUGACCGGCAAGGGAUGCUAAGCAGGCUACUCAAAGACAGUUGCAAAUGGCGCAUCCACCCCGGUGAGCUUGGCCCCGUACAGACACUGACGGCUGUUAGGGACAAUCCCAGCGUUUAAAAUUCGGGUCCCCAGUCCCCUCAAAAUCACAUCAAAGGAACGCCCACUUUGUCGCGUCAUUCAAUUCCCACUCACAGUAUCAGUUUGCUUGCAAGCAUCCGCUAUAUCUUCGGCUGCAGUGGUGUUUUGGAGUCUAAUCACAACUCUGCUUUAGCUUUGGUUCCCACAUCGCUUUUGGACAAUUACCUCCUUGCUGCAUAAUCCUUCGGAUCUUCAGUUUUAAGGCAGUUCUGUCCUGUUUGAGCACCAGCUGAUGUGCUGCCAUGGAGAAGUACCAUGUUUUAGAAAUGAUUGGAGAAGGCUCCUUUGGAAGGGUCUACAAAGGACGGAAAAAGUUCAGUGCGCAGGUGGUUGCUUUAAAGUUCAUCCCUAAAGUGGGCCGUUCGGAGAGGGAGCUGAAGAAUCUGAAGAGAGAGAUUGAUAUUAUGCGAGGCCUAAAACACCCUAAUAUUGUCCAGAUGUUGGAUAGCUUUGAGACUGACAAGGAGGUGGUUGUGGUCACAGAUUAUGCUGAAGGAGAGCUGUUUCAGAUUUUGGAGGAUGAUGGAAGUUUACCAGAAGAACAGGUCCAGGACAUUGCCUGCCAGCUGAUAUCUGCUCUGUUUUAUCUUCAUUCCCACCGUAUCCUUCACCGGGACAUGAAGCCGCAAAACAUUUUGCUAGGAAAAGGAGGCAUUGUUAAACUCUGUGACUUUGGAUUUGCCCGUGCUAUGAGCAUUAACACACUGGUGCUGACCUCAAUUAAAGGUACUCCCCUCUACAUGUCCCCAGAACUGGUAGAAGAGAAACCUUAUGACCACACUGCAGACCUUUGGUCUGUUGGCUGCAUCCUUUACGAGCUCUUUGUGGGGACACCACCCUUCUACACCAACAGUAUCUUCCAACUUGUCAGCCUAAUUAUCAAGGACCCAGUCAAAUGGCCAAAAAACAUGAGUCCAGAUUUUAAGAAUUUCCUCCAGGGGCUGUUGACAAAAGAUCCCAGGCAACGACUGUCCUGGCCAGCUUUGUUGCACCAUCCUUUUGUAGCUGGAAGAGUCACGGUUGUGGAUGACACAGUAGGACAAGGCAUCGAGAGUCCCUUUACAGUGCAGUUACCCCCAGAGAUGCAGGCCAAGAAGGAGCAGCAGGCAGAGGCCUUGGCACCUAAGAGUGGACAGUCAAAAAUCCUGAAGAAAGCCAGGCAGAAGAUGGCUCAAGAAGCCCAAAAGAAGGAACAGAACAAGAAGCCACAGGCUCUUGCCUCUUCCCGUCUUCACCCCGAGGUCAUCCAGAAUAAAACUGAACAGUCUCCAGCCCGAGAAUCUUGUGCUGCUACCAGCAGAGCACUAAAGUUCAGGCAGGCACCAGCAGAGAUCACUGUGGUGGACAAGACCCUUGUAGACACAGUAAAACCUUCACCAGCAAAACAGAGACCAUCAGACCUCAGUAAGUGGAAUCGGAAUGCAGACUGGGAAGUGGAGCAGACCGUAAUGACGCCACGGUCACACAGCAUCAGCCAAGACUACGCCCGAGAAUUCCCAGAAGGGAAAGUUGGAAGGAGGGCAGUGACUGAAAAGAGCCAGAAGAUGAAACCUGAUACUCAUCGCAGUAUCCAGAAUGUGGAUCUGGAUAAUGAGGAAGUGGACAGUGAUGAUGAGUGGCAGCACUUCAUUGAAGCAACUGAACCUUCAAACCUCCAACUCACAAUUCCUCUGACGCUUCUCAGUGACCAAACAUUUAUCCAGCGCAUCCGGAGCAGACUGAAACAGUCCAGCUCACAGGUGGCAGAUGGAAUGCUAGAAGGAGCUUCUCGCCUUCGUCCUGCUCUCCAUGUCAUAGGGAACCUUUUAGCUACCAGAUGUGACUUGGAUCUCCUUUACAAAUUUUGCCAGGAUGUAGAAGCCCCUCACUGUCUCCUGCACUUGAUAGAGCAGAUUGUUGAUAGUGCUGUUAUCAAACAGCAACCUUGGUGCAUCACCCUUCUCUCCGACCUCACUGCGGUGAUGGGUGCUUAUUUCGCAAGUGACUUCAACCACAUGCCCACUGGGAAUGGAGACAGCUUCCAAGUGUUUGAACAGUCAAUUCGCCAUUUCCUAGGGCUUCUGGGUAAACUUUUGUCCCUGCCAAUGGAUAACGAGUUGAAACUUCGAGAACAAGCUGCUGUGUGCCUAAUCUGUCUCUGUGAGAGCCUGGAUCGCAAUCCCGGCCUGUCCGUCUCCAUCUAUCCUAGCUUUGUAGCCGAGUAUUGUCCUGUCUUGGACAUCAUCCUAAGUAACCUAUAUCUGGACCAGCGCACCCUUAAGACAUUAGAAGGUACCUUAGGAGAUGCAAAGGUCGUAAAGGAACGUGGAGAUCAAGUAGUUGGAGCGAUCACAGCAGCACUUGCUGCACUAAUCAGUGUUCCUCCAGGGGCCAAAGGGUGCACGGAGCCAAAAGCGAAGAUAUCAGUGUAUUUGGCAGAGAAAUUGCUGAGCAACAAAACCCCUAAAUUGACGCAAAUGUUCCUGCAAGGUCUUCGGACCCCUCUUCUUGCCAUCAGUGUGCUCAAAGUGUUGUAUGCUUGCUGUCAUGUCAGUCAUUCGGCUUCCCAGACCUUAGCUGGUGCUGCUCAAGAUAUGGAGUCCAUUCUGUUCCUGAUUCAGGGAAAGGUUCCAAUGCCCGAUUUGUUGCAGGUACAGGUGGUAGAAGUGUGUCUCCAUCUCCUGUCAUUACUUAUGAUUCAGCUGCAGUCCAUCCCACCACAAUUGGAAGGUGUACUGGAUAUAAUUAUCUCACUGUUUCUAGAGUCACGUGUCACUUCUCAUGUGGGUGCAGCAGCACUUCUGCUGGUGCAGCUUAGCAGCUGUGGGUUACCAGUUGAACUCAAGUUGGAGGAGUUUUUGUCAGCCACAAAUAAUGCCCUCACCUCACCUGCUCAGCUGUAUGUUGUUCCUCCGAUGGAGUUUGGGGCCUUUGAUGGACUCCUGGUUCUUCUCAUGCAGAUGCUAAUGGAGGGAGACUUGACACUGGUGCGGGAGUUUACCAACUCUGAACUGUGGAGUGCUGUAUGGCAUCGCUUCGCUGUGGUGCUGCAAGUCUCCAGUGACCGAGUCAUCAUGGAGGGAGAAACACCACGACCAAACAAACCCACACCAGAACCCGACUGGAUGUCUAUUUCCCCAUCAGGAAUGCAGGUUUUUCUCAGCUUAGUUCUUCUGAUCUUCACCAAAGAACCACUUCAGUGUGUGCAUCUGUUGACCAGCCAGACCACAGUUGCCAUGACAACACUCACCAAACUGCUGGCCCAGGACUUCUUGCAGCACCUUUCCAGUAAACAGAAUUCCCAACCAACGCAGAAAGACCGAGCCAUUGGUGACAACACCUACUCCAUGGUAUUACACGUCUGCCAAAUUAUGUGUGUUCCAUUUGCAGUUGAUGUAGCAGAGGAGAUGCUGAAUAGUAUUCUUGAAGCCUUUGAGGAAUAUGAAGUCAUGGUCAAGCUCGUACAGAUUUGUGUCCAUCACCUUCCUCUUCACCUAAGUGAGAUUCCCAUGAGCCUUCAGGUUCAUCUUAUACUCAGCAAUAACUCCUUCAUUGUCCAGUUUGUGACUGCAGCCUGUUCUGAUCCUGCAAAGGGCUUCCUUUCAUCCAUUCUUCUUUCAGAUUAUACUGUGUUAGUCACAGACCUUCUCUGCCUCCUCAGUCAUGUAGCCAGAGCAUCUUCACAGUAUGUGCCUUUCUUAAUAAGUAUACUAGAAGGCCCGAAUAAGGACUAUGCACCUCUAAAAUAUAUACUUUGCCACCAUGGUAAUUCUGUAAGGGCCAAAGCUUGUGGGUUUAUAGGCAACCUUUUGAAGCAUGGAAGUAACUUCAGCCAGAUCUUUCUGCAACAGCCUGGCCCGCUGGAGAAACUAAUAGAAUGCCUUGCAGAUAAAGAUGAUGGUGUGCGGAAGUCAGCUAGCUUUGCUGUGGGAAAUGCUGCAUUUCAUGACAGUUCUCUUCUGAAGCCACUCGGACCAGCAAUACCAUGGAUUGCACAGCUGCUCAGUGAUCCACAGACUAAGACGAGGUGCAAUGCAGCUGCGGCACUUGGAAACCUUGGGGCACACUCUGCGGAAGUAUCCAUGCCUUUUAUCAAGGCCCAAGUUCCUCAUCUUCUCCUGAACCUUGCCUGUCAUGACAGCCAGUCCAGUGUGCAAGAGGCUGCCUUGAUUGCCCUUCGAACUUUGAGUCAGCAACCAAAGAUUCACCAGGUUUUGAUGUCACUCAAGGCUAGUGAGAAGCUAUCAACACUCUCCCAGAGCACACCAUUGCAGAACGUAUAUGGUAGUCCAAGACCAAGAAGUGCAGUGAGUGCUUCUAGUGUCCGGCACUGUGCCAAACUGAUUGAAACACUGAGACCCACACGUACUGCACUUAAAUGACAUCACACCCCAUACCAGAGUGACCUCCAAACAAGGAUUAUCAAAACUCUGAGACCCAAACGCAGUGCACUGAAAUGACAUCACAGGCCAUUUCGGAAUGAUCUACAUACAAGGAUUCAUGGAUGUGCUAUAAAAGUGAUCAGUGCCAUGAGAGCCGUGCGUACUGUGAGGAGAUGAAAGUCGCCAUUGUAAUCAGCAAACAGAAAUAUAUGAAUAUGGAGUGAAAAGGAUCAGUGCCUUCUGACGAUCGUGGAUCACUGGCUGUGUGAAAGCCUUGAGUCUGCACCUUCCUUCAGGAAUGAUCAAUCUCCAGAUAGCUAAAAAGUUUGCACUAAACUGUUUUGUAGCUUUGCUUUGUACUUCAGCCCAGUAACGCAUGUCACAGCGUUAGUUGCUGAACUUUUAUAAAGUGCAUAGUCCUCUUGACGAGAUACAUUAUAUUUAAUUCUGUGGUCUCUCAGUCUUGGAAUGUAGGCGUCUACCAGCAAUAACCAUCAUAAACUCUGAAACAGUAGCAAAAUGCAUUUGAAAACUUGUUAGACGGUGCUGUUAAGUGUAUGUAUUUUGUAAAGUGGUUAAUAUUAAUAGUUGUGGGGAGUACAUACCCUAGUUUCUUUAGUGUUUUCAGUCUGAUAUUAGCAAAGACAGUAACUUUAGUGUAUGUUAAUGGCUACUAGUACAGCUUUUUGUGUUGUAUUUAUAGUUUGACAUUUUUUGUUUCUGAAAAACAGACACAGAAGCCAGCAUUCUUGUAAACAAUUGCAUAAAUAUUACUCAUUGGGCAGAAGAAACCACCAUACAAAUGGGUCCCCAGUAAGUACUGCAAGUGCAACCUUCCAGAGUUGUAAGGAAAGAGUGUAUUACACGUUAAGGAAGGGUUGUUUAGCUACACCAUGCAAAUGAAUCCUACACCAUGCUGACACCCAGAAAAGCAGAAUUCUGAGAUGUAUUUUUAA